CUUAUGAUGUUUUACACCUUGAUUACAUGUCUUAUUUGCAGGCAAUCCUUCACAAUGCAUUUACUGCAGCUUAUGACUUCGUGGGCUGUUGUUUGUGAUGUGUGGUACUUGGAACCUCAAAGUCUAAAGCCUGGAGAGACGGCCAUUGAAUUUGCAGAGAGGGUCAGGGACAUUAUUUCAGUUCGAGCAGGUCUCAAAAAGGUUCCUUGGGAUGGAUAUUUGAAGUACUCUCGCCCUAGCCCCAAGCAUAGGGAGAGCAAGCAACAAAACUUUGCAGAGUCAGUGCUGCGGCGCCUUGAGGAAAAAUAAAAUAUAGAUUUCUUCUCUUUUCCUUUUUUCUUUGAACUUACAAGUAGCCCCUCUAGCUAUUAAAGUAGAAGCUUACUGCUGUGUUUUUUCAAAUUUUUUUUAUUAUUAUAUUUUUUUAAGGGAGGUGCAAGCUUUACUGCAAUACUUCAAGUUCCUUUCUAGUUGAAUAAAUAUUUGUUUGAGGUGUUGCUUAGUGAUUUACAACUUUGAAACACUUCUUUCAAUACAAUAAGUUGCUUUCCUCAAGUUCAUUGAAACGCACGGUGGAUGUAGCAAGCUUGGUCUGGCUGGUGUCGGUCAAGCUUGAUAUGUUUGUACUUCUAUUGGCAGAAAUAUGUUUUGAAAGUGCAGUAGUUUUGGUGAUGUCAAAAAUAUGAGUAAUGUCUCCAAAAUAUUUGGGUAAGUAAAUUCAAUUUGAAACAAAUGAAUGACAUGCCUCCAAAACAUGGAGAAUUAUUUGAGUU